AACAUGCCCCUGCCCUCCCCCAGAGCGUUCUGGCAAGCUCUCCUUGGGCUUCCCGGCAAGUGGGGCAAUGUGUGCCUCCCCUAAUCCCUGACCACAGCACUGCUGAGGAGUGAGGCACAGGGUGAACAGCCAGCCACCACACACGCAGCUCUGUGCCUGACUGCAGGGCUUCUGCUCUUAGGCACCACAAGCAGCAAGUAAUUACCUGUGAUCUCCUGCAGACAGAAAUGUUCGGCCUCUGCCUCCCCUGGAAAACACUGAUUGUUCUAAGUUUAGCGAUUCUUCUUGCAGAUUUUACUGAAAUCAGGGCUGCUGCCGAUCAAAGUGAAUGCAAAAGUGCAACCAUAGAUGAUGUGAACGGGAGUCUCAAGAAAUAUUCAGAAUGCUUGCCUGAAAUUAUUGCCGAGGGUGAAAAAACUUCAAUCAAUUUCCUGGCCUGGACACUGCAAGAAACUCUUGAUCUGCUGCGCCCUGUUCAGGAGCAAUUUUGCAAGCAGCUGCCUCCAUGCCCACGCCCAGUGCCCCCAAAAAACGGGGGGCUGGUGUGUGUGACCAUUGACAACACUCAGUACUGCAAACCCAUGUGCAACAAGGGCUAUGACUUCCAGUUCCUCAGGAGAAGCAGGCUGUAUGAAAUGUGUGGCAAUGCCACGGGCUUUUCCUGGACCACGCAGCUUGUCGGGGAGAAGGCACUGGCAGUCUGCAACCCCUCCGAGGUGGCCGUCAGUGGAGCUAAAUCUGCCUAUUUCCCCAGCAACAGCACCUGUGUGCGCACUCUGGCCUUCCCUGAGGCUCAGGCAGAGCAGCUGAACAUCUUCCUCCAGGAGAUUGGCGAGCGCGGCAUCGACGGCUCCGGCCGGGACCAGGGGGCUGACUGUGUCACCUGUGGCUACUAGCGGCAGCCUGAGCACAGCCCAGCCUCUGGCUGCGCCUGGGCAGCACAGGCAGAGCAUUGGAAUCACAGCUAGCACGUGUGAACACAGGUCUGGAGAUCACAGUCAUGACCUCAGCCUUGGGGAACGGAUAUAGAGGGUAAAUCUAAUCCCGCAGCUCGUGGCAGGGGAGUUUCAAAGAAAGAAGAUCACUUUUAUGGCUUUAAUUUGUCUAGCUGGAAUUAAAUAAGAUCUACAGUUUUUAAUGGAUGCCCUCCUAUUGGCUUAACUUCUUCAGGCUCUCUGCAGAUAAUAUAACUGAUUGUUGUCAGAAAUUGUCCUGUGUCAGGGGUCUUCUUUACUGAGAAAGGGCCGUACUCCUGUCACUUUUACAGCUGCCAGUUAAUCACUAGCAUUGCUCUGAUGACCAUUAAAGCUGUGUAAGUGGCAA